AUGUUAGCCAGUACAGUACGACUUUCUGAGUGUUUUGUGAUUAAUACAGAUACAGAAAAGGAAAAUUCUAGCACCACAGUACUGCCAGUGAUAAAUUAUAGGGACUGCUUUGACAAAGUGGGAUUAGUUAAUUGUUUUAAGGAUUUUACUGUCCGAUGUUUGAACAAUGCCAUUAACAGUAACGUAACUUUUCGAAUCGGAAACUUCGUGGUAAUCAAGAAAAACCCGGUUUUUAUUGCCAGUCGCGCAAACGAAGGACCUCCAAGCGACUGGUCUACAAUCCUUACGAAGCUUCGCGACUUCAUCAGUUCCCGAACGGUGCAAUUCAGCUUGCUGACUCCGGACGGGCGUUCAUUGAUUCCACUUUCAUUGGAAGGCCGCGGCAAAAAGCACAAACACAAGCAGCAUGGUGGAAUGUACAUGAUGGGUGGGGUAGCCUUUAUGGCGAUGAUGGCUCAACUGGUGCUCGGCAAGGUGGCACUGCUGGCGGCGGUUGCUCUUAUUAUGGCAAAAAUCGCACUGAUCUUCUCUACGCUGAACGGUUUCAAAAAGGCAGCCAUCGGUAGUGGCGGAGGAGGUGCUGCCACCGAACACGUAGUGUACGAACAUUCUGCGCACGGAUCAGGAGGUGGUGGAAGUGGAUGGCAACGUAGUAUCGAACCGAAACGGCAGGCCGGUGGACAAUACGAGGAUGACGAUCUGCCCUACCGACGAAGAAAACCGGAAUACGACUACAGGGAUUUGGAAGGAGCAUAG